CUUCAACUUCAGUAAAAUCACUUGUCAAUUCUCGUCUUGGAUCCUUACGUCUCUUCGCCUCCCAAUUUUUAUUUUCUCAAAAUUCAAUUUGAAACUCUCUUGAUUGGCGCGGAAGUUCUUUCUUCUAGUGAAGAUCCCCAAUUCGCAACUUUUAGGGUUUCUGGGGGGGGUUUUACGAUUAAGGUUAUGAAUCAUCCGAUCUCUCCCUACAGAAGCUUAAUUUACAGUAAAUGACGAGUCACGGCGGAGAGAGGAUUCAUAGGGUACAGCCGGAGAGGGAUUUGGUGGCGAAUUGGGAAGUUGAUUUGUCGGAGAAGCUAGAAGAGUACCUUCUCAAGAUAUGUUCCGGAGAAAUCACUGGAAACGAAGAAGAAAAUGGGCAGCAGGUUCCUGUGAAUUUCGCUGAAGCUGCGUUGUUGCUUCAGGGUUCGGUUCAGGUUUACAGCAAGAAAGUUGAGUACUUGUAUAAUUUGGUCUUACGUACUUUGGAGUUCCUAUCCAAGCAAAGAGACCAGGAAGAGUCCAAAGGUACAUCAAACGAGGCUGAGGCAAGCUCCUCUCGUCAGGUUGAUGAAGAAGAAGAUGAUCUCUUCUGGAAUGUGGAUGACAUCCCAGUGGACGCAAAGAAUAGCUUGGACAACUCGGUUGGUGGAGAUUCAUGUCCAAGUCAGUUUGUUAAGCCUCCAGCAAAUUUAGUUGUUCUUGAAGGUGACUGCUUGGAUACUAGUGGUGACGGAGGAGAACUGGAAUCCUAUCUGUUGGCAACUACACAUCUCUACCGGGAUUUUAUUCUAUUAGACCCAUGUGAUUCUGUAGCGGUAAAUGAUUUCUUAGGUGAUAACUAUGCUGGUAAAGGAAGGAACAGUUCUCGCAGAGGCAGCUCAGCUCGUAAAAGUUUUCUCUCACCUGUAGGUCGUUCUGGAGGAAGUGCUCGUAGAAGAUCAUCUGUGGGAAAGAAUCUUCGCACUAAUUUCAACCUGUCACCAGUACGUGGAAGUGCUCCCGAUGCUCAAAACUGUGACCAAGAGUCUCAGCCUCCUCCUCCUCCUCCCUUUGAAGACAAUGAUCAUGGCUUUGACAUGGAUAAUGACCAUGGAGGAACCAUGGAUUUGAGUGAUACUGAUGCUGAUGAAGAUGAUCCGUGGAAGCCACUGAAUCCCUAUGAACCAGGGAAGUUGAAAGUGAAGCCUUUUAAAAAAGUAAAAAAUAUGUGGAAGUUUGGAGCUAGUCUUACCAAGGAUCCUAUUACGUCCAUGUUUCCACUUGCUAGACCCAACGGUCCCAUCAGUACAGAGCUCAGCGGAAUUUGGGAGAAGUGCCGUCCUUCUAGUAACAGUGAGAGAGAACCACAAGACAUUCCCUAUUACGAGAAGCUUCGAGCAAUGCUUGUGAAUGGAGGAAACCAAGCUACUGAUGCUAACGGCAAUCAGAAUGAUGGCGUUAAGGAUAACAAUGAUGAAGCUAAUAAUGGCGACUUCCAUGAUUUUGGAGCGCAUGAUGGUGAUGAUCAUGAACCUGCGUUCAUGGAUGAAGAUGGUCCCAACAUGAAUGAUGGUGGAGCUGCAGAUUUUCCCAACCACGAUGGGUUUGGAAACGACGACUCAUAUUGUCAAGAAAGCUUGGAAGAUCUUUGUCGCUCACACCUGGAUGCUCUUCUUGCUAACAUAGCUAAAAGUGAGAAGCAAACGGAUCUAGCUGCUCGGGUUUCAACGUGGAAACAGAAAAUCGAGCAAAACCUAGAAGAACAAGAGCUACACCCUCCUUUUGACAUUCAAGAAUAUGGAGAAAGGAUUGUCAACAAACUGACUGUUGAAAAGAGCCGAGACAUUGAGACCUUUACUGAUCUCGUGAAAGACCAAGAAAAGCACGAUGUAGCCCGUGCUUUCUCUGCGCUUCUUCAGUUGGUGAACAAUGGAGAGGUUGAACUGGAAAAACCUGGGAACUCGGUGGGCGAACCAGUAUGUUAUACAGCGGUGAAUCCUUUCAGCGUUUGGUUACUCAGUAAUCGUUACAGAAAGACUGAGAAAAAUGCAAUGCAUUUACCCCGGAAACGAGAAAAAUCCCCAACAGCCAGAGGCAAAUCUCCAGAGUCACCACCACCAAAGAAGGCAAACACAUGUUCUGCCUCAAGCCAAGAGACUAGGAAAGUCCCGUUAAAGAUCUCAAAGAUCAACACUGUCGGCACUAAGUGCACACGAAUGAGCAAGAAGAGAUGAGGUCGUAGGCGAGGUAACUGAAGUUUUCUUAAAUUGUAAAGCUAAUAUGGCUAAUGACUCCACAAGUUAGAUUAUAGUGAUAUUUAUCAGACAGUUAGGAAACUCUGUAACUGUCAGUUAUGUAUAAUCAGGCAUUGUCUGAAAGAUGUAACAGAAUAUGCAGUUGUAAUAACAAUCCAAUUACUUUUUUGAUGAUCUUUUUAACAUUUU